AUGGCAGCAGCAGUUUCAUGCUCAUGGCUAACCCUUCCCUCCCAAAUGAGGAACCUUUCCCUCACUUCCUCUUCCUCUUCCCUUUCCAUUUCCAAUUCCACUUCUCUCAGUUUCUCCAAAACCCUCUCACACCCUCUCUUCUCACAAGGUAACUGCUUGCCGCUGAGCACAGUGCAGAGACGCGCUUCUGUGGUUUGCGAGGCUGCUCCCAAGAAGAAGGUAGACUCUGCCGUGAAGAGAGCUCGACAAGCGGAGAACCGCCGCAUUUACAACAAAGCUCGCAAAUCGGAGAUAAAAACGCGUACCAAGAAGGUUUUGGAAGCUCUAGAAGUGCUGAAGAAGAAACAAGAUGCGGUAUCCGAGGAAAUCCUCCCAAUUGAGAAGUUGAUUGGAGAAGCAUACUCAACAAUUGACAAAGCUGUGAGAGCUGGAACACUGCACAGGAACACUGCAGCAAAUCGCAAGGCUCGGCUUGCCCGAAGAAAGAAGGCGGUGGAGAUCCAUCAUGGCUGGUAUACCCCAGUUCCUGAAGCCAGUGCAUGA